CCAGAUGAAGUACGGUACAGAGCUGGACGUUUCUGCAGAGCGAGACCAAUGGGGUAGUGUAGGCCAAUAACCGAAAACCCUACGCACAACCGAGACCGAGAACUGAAGAAGUUGAUCCGAAGAAGAUGAUGGCAUGGAGGGUGGGAAGAGCGUCCACGACCUUGCUCAACAAACUCGUCAAUGGGCGCAUCCAUAGCCAGAACCCUCGCAAUUUCUCGUCAGCUGAUGCAAAUAUUCAUUCCUUCCGCGAGAAGAUGAUGAAUCAAAUGCUUCAUCUCGACGUCAAUUCACAAAUCGGCAGUUGUAUGCCGCUUGCUGCCAUGCGUAUUGGAACCAUGAUCCACAACAUCGAAGUGAACCCAGGGCAAGGCGGGAAACUAGUUCGCGCCGCAGGAACCUCUGCCAAGAUCUUGAAAGAGCCCACUUCAAGUCAUGUCAUGGUGAAACUGCCUUCAGGAGUCGCAAAGUUGAUUAAUACUCGAUGCCGAGCGACAAUUGGUCAGGUGUCCAACCCUGACCAUGGGAGUCGGAAGCUCAGGAAAGCUGGACAGAGCAGAUGGCUGGGCCGAAGGCCGCAUGUUCGGGGUGUGGCUAUGAAUCCAGUUGAUCAUCCUCAUGGAGGAGGCGAAGGGCGUAGCAAAAGUAGCGGGCGCUAUGGUAGGUGUUCGGUGACACCAUGGGGCAAGCCUUGCAAGUCCGGGUACAAGACUGGACCUCUUAAGCGCAGGAAGUAGAAUCAUGGUUCUCUCAUUAAUGGUUUCGUGUUUAGUUUGUCUAUUGCAGUCUCCUUCAACUAUGACUUUGAUAAUGUGAUUUUGGUAGAUCUGCUCACUGCUUGGGACGAGCUGCUUCAGUAUGUGCACCGUGAUGCGGUUUCACCGUAGAUGCCACUGAGAAUUUUUU